CUCUCCUGCCGUCAGUCGGUGCUGAGAGUUGAACGCGUGUGGUUGAAUUUAGGUCUGCGCUAGUUUGCCAGCUGAUUUUGUGUUGAUUUGCAGUUGAAUUUGAUGGCUGAGGUGAAAAUAAAAGAACGGAAAACAACUUAGGACGUUAAAAGGACAGUGAAAUUGGCACCAACGGGGAGCGCCAAACAGAACCAUCGUGGUGCAAAGGACAGUGCUUGUGGACUAGCGAAGUACUGUUGUGUGCAGUGAGCGGGUUAGGUAGAGGUAGUGCGACGAAGUCUGUUUCAGUUCUUUUUUCAUCUUGCCUUGUGCAAAAAAGAGAAGCGGACUUCAGAGGAGGUUUCUCCUGCAUAUGCAUCAGCAGUGGGGCACUAGCACUAAUACAGAUUGCUAAAAAUAUCUGCCGUAUUGCGCGUUGUUGACAGGACAGAGCAUAGAUUGGGGUUCGCACGUGAGUAAUCAUCGCAGAUAUCAACGUUAUCAUUGAACAGUGCUGUUAGUGGCUGUCCAAUGGAAGGACAAGCUCUGGUUCUCCCCGAACGAAGUGGUGGACGAAGAGAUGAAGGUGGAGGUACUGUUGUUGCAGAAUUACGCGCUUUCGCUUGCGUAACGGAACGUAGUUCAAACGAUGAGCCAAAACGGUUAUCCACCGAGAAAAGUCAACCCGGUCCUCCUCAAACACGGUCUCAAAGUGGUGGUAAUAAUAAGAAGCAACAGAAUAAGCAUUUCUCGCGGCAACAAAACAAAAGCAAAAAAUGGAAAUUGAAUAAAUUUAGACGUAAUCAAAAGGAUGGCACUGGAGCAAGUGGAAAAAAGAAAGACCAAGCAAAAGGAUUGGAUUGCGGUUUGACCGGAGACGAAAAACAAAAUCAGUUGGGAGUUAAUGCAGAGUGCAAACAGCAACAAGGCAAAAACAAACAUUCAAAUAAGAACAACAACAGUUUGAUGUUAGCUAGAACGAAACGUUUGCAAUCGGUUUCAAAGUUCUUUCUCCCCGAUAAACGACCGAGAAAGGACUGCAUCAUUCCCCCAACUAAGUUCCUGUUGGGAGGCAAUAUAUCGGAUCCGUUGAAUUUGAACAGUCUUCAGAAUGAAUCUGAGAAUGCCGUUACUCCGAAAUCUUCGCCCAUUCCGACUCCUCCCCACUACAAAAACAAAAUCGAAGUCAUCAUUCCGCCAAACAUAAAUGAUCCACUGCAUUUAUUGGACCCGGUGGAUUCGGUCGAGUACGAGAUGCAACUAUGUUCUCCGAUGAAGAAAAAACAGCGCGCUCGUAACAAACGCAAACGCAAAUCCAAAUCGGAGAAAAACAAUCAGAGCUUGGAUAGCACCGCUGGAGCUGUUGGAUGUCAACUUAGCACAAGUGUCUCCGAAGCUGAAGCGACUACAGCCGAGGAAGCCCAAUUGGAGGCCCCAGGGUCUACCGGUAAGAAUGCAGAACAAACUCUCGAAGGCAGUAAUACUGGAGAUCGCGAUAAAGCUAAACUGCGCCUGGAUUUGGAAAUUUGCAGAAAACGUCGGAUUAGUGAAAGCACUUGUUCCAGUAAGAACAAAGUGCGCCGGAUGGAUUCCAUGGAUAAGAUCGUAAGCCCAGUAAUUCCGCAGCCAGGGGCUUGGAAGCGUGGACAUUGGCCGACAAUGCCUGUUGGCGGACGGAAUCGUACUCGAACGCAGUCGUGCACUUCGAACAGUGAUGAACCACCUGCGAAGCAACCAGUGCUCGAAGGGGAAGAAAUCCCUGAAACACCCCAGUCUGCGGAACCAGAUCUAGUUAAGCCUAACGAAACUGAACAACCAAAACCAUUGGUUAGUGAAAAUGAGGCAGAGGGCAAGACCAAGUCUCAGGAAGAAACAAAGUACCACUAUGGAAAUUACGAUCGAUACUAUGGAUAUCGUAAUCUAAAUGAGUUUAUUGACGUACGGCUCAAAGUAUUCCUACGCAAUCCGUAUCUGUUUCGCGAUAAGGACGUUCUAGACAUCGGGUGCAACGUGGGAUUAAUGACCAUUGCGGUUGCAAAAAUGCUGCACACUAAAAGCAUUACAGGCAUCGAUAUCGACGGAAAAUUAAUUGCAAAGGCAAGGCGAAAUCUAACAACGCAUGUCAGAAUUACACCGGGACACCUGAAAUCGUCCGGUGAUACCAAGUUGGGCCCCACCGAGAAAAGGAAACGAAGAAUAUCAAAGAAGCAUUCGGUCGAAGAGAAGAAGCCCUUGAUGGAAGGGAACGUCGAAGAACCAGGCGAGAAAAAGCCUGAUAUCGACCAACCGAUUGCUGAAACUGCACCCAAGCCGAGCACAUCGGCCAAGAAAGGCGGUCAGCAUCCGAACCGUCGGAGGUUUUCUGGCCGAUAUGCCCAUGGGAAACAUCACCAUAUGCACAACCAGCAUCAUCACCAUAACAGGAAGGACCCUAAAAAGGGACACUCGGAGUUUUAUCCGAUUUCGUUUCCGUUAUCGCUGGGUAAUCUGGGAUCCAAGGCGUGUCUGCUGGAUAUGGCACCAAAGGACCACAAGUUCCCGAACAAUGUUAUCUUUAAGACGAUGAAUUACGUUCUGAAGGAUGAAUCGCUGAUGAACUACGAUACUCAACAGUAUGAUCUGAUUCUCUGUCUGUCGGUUACUAAGUGGAUUCACCUGAACUUUGGUGACAACGGACUGAAGAUGGCAUUCAAACGAAUGUUCAAUCAUUUGCGCCCUGGCGGAAAGCUAAUCCUCGAAGCUCAAAACUGGGCGAGUUAUAAAAAGAAAAAGAAGCUCACGGACACAACUUGUGAGAAUUACAAGAAUAUUGAGUUCUUCCCAAACAAGUUUCACGAUUAUCUACUGAGCCCCGAAAUUGGGUUCAGCCACAGCUAUCCCCUCGGCAUUCCUCGGCAUCUGAGCAAGGGCUUUCGUCGACCGAUACAGCUUUACGUUAAGGGCGACUUUACUCCAAGUCAGGCUCAAUGGAGUGACACAUACCACCCGCAGACACCGUAUGUCAAUCAUCACAAUAUCUACACUGAUAUUGCCGCCCCUACACAGAAUCCCUGCAUCUGGGGUUCCACCACGCCGUACCAGCCAAGCUACAGCACCCGUUGUACACCGUCGCACAGUUUUAUGGCCACGUCACCGUAUUACAAUCCGAGGCAAACCGAUAGCUACCAGCCCAGCUACGAUGCCGGCAAUCGUCGCGGUAGCUACUGUUUUGCUUCACCACUUUACUCGACGACCUGGUCACCGCCGUCGGACUUGCGUCAUCGUCGGUCCGCCUCCAACACACCAAACUCGGCCAGUAUUAGAAGCGCAGAAAACGAUGAACAGUACGCACAACAGCAACAUCGUCCCCAUGUAUAUCCUCCUAUGGAGGUGUUCCCGCUGGAGUCGUCCAGCGUUGGAAGAUCGUCAGCACCCGGUUCGGCUAGCGUCCGGCAAACGGACUCGGAUUCGGAACCAUCCUCCAACUCGGCGUCGCAAACGCCAACGCGAUCGCAAUACGAUGUAGAUCAGUCGUCGAACUCCCCCAGUACUACGCACUCACAACCGGACAAGUAGUAAACGGCGGCGUAUCCUUGCUUGCUUACAGGUUUUUGUUUUUAUUUAACUCGUUGAAAACAUGUUCAUAUGCUGUGAUUGGAAUGGAUUUUUUUUAGUAAUCAGCGAAUAGUUCACAUAAUAAUCAACAAAUGCUUCAAAACUAGUCCGUUUGCUUUGUGAACCUAUGUUUCCCGAUGUUACAGGGAAAGUGUAGUGCAUAUAUUGAGUUUAGAUUAAAAGUUGUACUACAUGGAGAACAAUGUUUCUAACUGCAUCAACAAUAAUUUGCUUAUAAAGAUAGGGACCGAAAAAAGUUGUUGUAUAUAGUUGCUAAGAAGCAUCAUUUGUUUGUCGAUGAAUAACGAUUAAUGAUGUGUAAUUUA